AUGAACCUAGUGCGGAUUCUCGCCCUUUGUGUAGUGUUUGCCUUGAGCGCAUUCACUGUCGCUGCAAACUGGGACAAGGAUGAUAUCGAGAUUUUUGAGCUGCAGCGUGCUCUCGAAGAGUCCGAGGGCGCAGGCGCCAACUUUUACUCAAUCCUCGGCCUGAAGGCCAGCGCGACGCUCGCGCAGAUCCGCAAGGCGUACCGUGAAAAGAGUCUGGAGUGGCACCCCGACAAGAACCCCGGCCUGUCGAACGCGUACAAGCGCUUCGAGCGCCUCGGUCUGAUCCACAAGAUCCUCCGCGACGAGCGCAGGGACCGCUACGACCACUUCCUCACGAAUGGCUUCCCCAAGUGGCGUGGUACGGGCUACUUCUACGAGCGCUACCGCCCUGGCCUCGUGUUUGUCGUGGCGCUGCUGGUCGCCGCGUCGAUCGCCGCCGAGCUGCUGACCAAGACGAUCAACUGGCGCAAGGACAAGGCGCGUCUCGACAACGUGCGCCACAGUGCCUAUGCCCUUGCGUGGGGCGCAUGGUACCAGACCCCGUCGGACGCCUCCAAGGCCAUCAAGCCCAAGGCGCGCCCGGGCGAGAAAAAGGUCCGUGUGCCGAUCACUGGCUUUGCCGAUCUCCCUCCGGCCGUGUCACAGAGUGCGAUCGAGGCAGGCAACGUGAACUGGGACGAGGAGGGCGAAAAGAUUCGCAAGGCCAUUACGGCUGCGCCCGCGACCUUUGCCGAGGGCGCCGCGCCUCGCCUGCUGGAUAUUGUGGUGUUCUCUGACGGUAGCAUGGCCGCGACAGAGCCCGAGUCGCUCGAGUGGAUCCCGCUGGAGCCUAUGGACGACAAGGAUGCGCCGUCGCUGCGUUCGACCUGGCCCGUGACCCUCGCUUCCUCGCUCUUUUCGAAGCGUACCGAGGAGGCGCCCGAGUCCACCGAGCCCACCAAGCCCACCGAGACCACCGAGACCGACGAGAAGGAGACCAAGCCGAGCGCGGCUGCGUCCGACGCCGGUAAGAAGGCACCGGCUCGCCGCCGCAAGCGUACUGCAGGCAAGAAGUAG